AUGGCCAUUCUUCCUCAGCCAAUCAGUAGCACUUUUGCCGCCGCCCCAGCUCCCGGAAAAUCUCAUCUGGUGUGUCCAUCUCAGGUUGUAGCCAUGAUGAGUGAUGAUGUUGUUCUUCCAUGUCAGCUUAAACUUGCUGUUGAUACUAACUCUGAGACUGUGAACUGGAUCAAACCUAGUCUGGACCCAAAUGUUGUCCACCUUCAUAAAGAUGGACGGCUGGUGUUUGAGAAACAAAACCCAUCUUAUCACUUUCGUACUCGAGUCUUUGAGGAUGAACUGAUCAAAGGGAACGUCUCACUCAAAAUAUUCAAAGUGAAACUCUCUGAUGAAGGAACGUACAGAUGCUCCAUCCCCUGGAUACGUGAAGAAGCUUCCAUUGUUCUCACUGUUGGGUCAGCAACUACACCCGUUAUAAAGGUGAUGUCAAAUGUCAGCAGCAGGGUGGUGUUACAGUGUGAGUCUGCAGGCUGGUAUCCAGAGCCUGAGCUGCUGUGGUUGGACGGUGAGGGAAACCUCCUCUCUGCUGGACCUACAGAGACCCUCAGAGGUCCUGAUGACCUCUAUACUGUCAGCAGCAGAGUGACUGUGGAGAAGAGACACAGCAACAACAUCACCUGCAGAGUCCAACAGAGGAACACCAACCAGAGCAGAGAGACACACAUACAUGUUCCAGGAAAAUCUCAUCUGGUGUGUCCAUCUCAUGUUGUAGCCAUGAUGGGUGAUGAUGUUGUUCUUCCAUGUCAGCUUAAACUUGCUGUUGAUACUAACUCUGAGACUGUGAACUGGAUCAAACCUGGUCUGGACCCAAAUGUUGUCCACCUUCAUUUUGAUGGACAGCUGGUGUUUGAGAACCAAAACCCAUCUUAUCACUUUCGUACUCGAGUCUUUGAGGAUGAACUGAUCAAAGGGAACGUCUCACUCAAAAUAUUCAAAGUGAAACUCUCUGAUGAAGGAACGUACAGAUGCUCCAUUCCCUGGAUACGUGAAGAAGCUUCCAUUGUUCUCACUGUUGCUUCAGUCUCUACACCGGUCAUAAAGGUGAUAUCAAAUGACAGCAGCAGGGUGGUGUUACAGUGUGAGUCUGCAGGCUGGUAUCCAGAGCCUGAGCUACUGUGGUUGGACGGUGAGGGAAACCUCCUCUCUGCUGGACCUACAGAGACCCUCAGAGGUCCUGAUGACCUCUAUACUGUCAGCAGCAGAGUGACUGUGGAGAAGAGACACAGCAACAACAUCACCUGCAGAGUCCAACAGGGGAACACCAACCAGAGCAGAGAGACACACAUACAUGUUCCAGGUGAACACAUCAGUGACUCUACAUCACCCAUCUGUGUUAAUGUUCAAGCAGCUUUCUUGGUGUGUAUUAUAGUGAUGUUUGUUACAUGGAAAGUGAAGCAAAAGCAAAGUGACCACAGGACAGACAGACAGAAGAAAAUAAUAAAGUAACUCUGAUGACCUCUGAUCCUGGACGAGAGAAACAGUAACAUCAACAAAGGGACUGUUGGAAUGUGAGAAGAGCUGGUACGAGUGAGCAAAUCAGAAAAAU